UAAUCAAUUAAAUGAAAGUCAAGAUAUGAAAAAUAAAGAUCACUAAGAGUAAAGAAGCACGUUUUGGUAUCUGGCAUCUUGUGCCCAGCUGCUGCUGGUCCCUCCUCAUAAUAACGAGACACUUCUCCCUUUAGCUUGCGCCCUCAUUGCAUCCGCGUCAAUAGGUCUUGUAACUCCUGUCGCCAUUACUCCUCUCGCUUACAGUGAGGACGGGCUACUCGCUAUCAGUGUCCGACACUUCACCAGCUCUUUUUCUUUGUUUCAUCCGCCAGCACAAGGAAUUUGAAGGAAGCAACAUCAUCAUGACGGACACUACAGAAACGUCAGUGCCCUUUGGGGCUUUGGAGGAGGCUAGAUUUACCGUUCUUGACUAUUGUCUCUUCAGUCUCAUGCUGGUGAUGUCCAUUGGAAUAGGAGUGUACAGCGCCAUCAAGAGCCGAGGUCGGGAGUCCACUCAUGAUUUCCUGGUAGGAAGAGGCUCCAUGCCGGUCAUCCCAGUGGCCCUCUCGCUCCUCGGAGGAGUCAUCUCUGCUAUUUCGAUGUUGGGUAAUCCUACGGAAGUAUAUCUAUAUGGGACGCAGAUUGCCGGAAAUUUGAUUGGUUUAAUACCUGGCUGCAUAUUAAUCCAUCAGCUUAUCCUACCCAUCUUCUACGGCCUCAGGAUCGUCUCACUUACGCAGUAUGUUGAGCUACGAUACAAAUCCAGGGAACUGCGUCUACUAGCAACAGUAUGCAAUCUUCUUAAUAAGUUUUUCUACAUGGGUAUCUGCUUGUAUGCUCCCUCGCUAGCCCUCUCCACUGUGACCAAGCUGUCCACCUGGGUGUCAAUGGUUAUCAUGGGAAGCAUCUGUACCUUUUACAUAACUGUGGGUGGCGUGAAGGCCGUGGUGUACACAGACGUUAUGCAGACGCUCCUCAUGUUUAUCGGACUGAUCGUCGUGAUAGUCGUGUGCUGUCUUGACCUGGGUGGCUUCAGCAAUGUAUGGGCUGCUGCUGAUGAGGGCGGGAGGCUUGAGUUCUUUAACAUGAACCCUAGUCCCUUCAUCCGUCACACUUUCUGGUCUACCUCCGUGCUUGGAUUUUACUUCAUGAUCAACAAGGUUGGGCUUUACCAGCCUUGCUAUCAGAGGUUUUCUUCUGUCGGGACCCUUAAAAUGGCGCAGGGACUAGUUAUCUCCUUCGUGGUGAUGCUAUAUGUUUUGUGGCUGCUGUGUUUCUUCGCUGGUCUUGUGGCGUACGCUACCUAUCAAGACUGUGAUCCGAUAACCUCGAACCGCGUCCAGAAACCCGAUCAGAUUCUGCCCUACCUCGUCAUGGAGAAGCUGACACGUUUGCCUGGCAUGCCUGGAGUGUUUGUAGCUGCUGUGUACGGAGGAGUGCUCAGUUCACUAUCCAGUUGUGGAAACUCAAUUGCUUGCCUCAUCUGGGAGGACUUCCUGAAGGACCGUCCUUACUUCAAGAAACUAACCGACAAAGCUGCCACUAAUGUCGUCAAACUGAUAUCUGCUUUGGCUGGAAUAUCAGGGAUCUUCUUGGGCAUCCUGGCUGGGAAGAUGGGUAAUAUUAUUCACGUAACACGCAGUGUGUCUGGCUCCAUCAUGGGUCCCAUGCAAGGAGUGUUUAUAGCAGGCACAACCAUGCCAUGGGUGAAUGCAAAGGGUGCUGUUGUAGGCUUCCUGGUAUCCUUCUCCUACAACAUCACAGUGGUGCUGGGCAAGUUCAUACGGGGAGGCGGUAAACCUCCACGCCUACCGCUGUCUGUUGAUGGAUGUCCAGAAAACUUGGUCAAUGCUACCUUUGCCUCCUACCUCACUAGCACCUCCAUUCCAAAUACACUUGUAGAAAACACCUCUUUCGUGGAAACUCUUUUUGAUACAGGUGGACAAGUUGACUCGAUGCAACUGACAACUCCUGACCCUGCACAGACGUCAACUGGGAACACAGUGUAUGAUAUAUCUUAUACACUCUUUGGAGCCAGUGGAAUCCUUAUCACUAUGGUGGUUAGCAGCAUUGUAUCCCUUUGCACAAAGCCUCUAGCUCCUGGGGAGGUAGAUGAAAGGCUGUUGAGUUCCUCAAGUGUGAAGAUCUAUCGCCUGUUGUGGCAGUUCUUCAAAGGCAGCAAAAUCUCAUUACCAAAUAAUCAGCAGGAAAGUGAAGUGUCCUUGAAAAUGAUUUCUGACUGUAGCGACAACAAGCCACAUCCUCCACCUAACGAAACUCACCUUGAGUAAUUUUUUUUUAGAAAUGCAGCCACAGACACACACGCACACACACAAACACACAUGUGGAUCACACCAUAGCAGUAACCCAUCUAUAUCACCUUAUAAGCAGACAUCACUGCUGCCUUUUAUGACAUCCUUCUUCACAGGCAGGCAACAAUUCCAUCAAACAGAACGGGAAAAACACCAGUGUGGUGCUCUGAGACAGGAGCUAAGAGUACUACCACCGUAUUCCCAGCACAUCAUAAGAGCCAACUAAAAGGGAUAAAGUGAGGGGGCUAGGAAACCCCUUCUCUGUAUGGUGUCCUAUGAACAGACAAGGAAAAACAUUACAUGUAGCUCUGAAUGUGUGUGGAUGUGGUGUGGAUACAAGUAAAAGGGAGAUGAUUAGAAGAAGAAAGUUGAAUAGAAGGGCAUGUUUGGAUGUGUAAAUGGAAGUAAGUCAUGCUUUUUGAGAGGGAGAAGAAGAGAGGGUGUGGCCUUACUCAUAAGUCAAAGGGUAUGAAACUGUUUUAGAGUAUUGAGAAGUAUCACGAAGAGGGCAAAGGUAUAGCUUGGCAAGGAAUGCUGGUAGAGGGCAAAGGUAAGGCUUGGAAAGGAAUGUUAGUAAAAGUUAACUAAUAAAAAUGGUGAAAGGAUGGAUGUAAGAUUGAAAGGAGAACAGCUAGAAGAGGUGGAUUCUAUUUCAAGUAGAACACAUAAUAUAUUUGCAAGCAACUGGUUUAGAAACAACUUUUUCUGCCACUUGAGGGAAAAUAUAACAUAGUGGAAUAAUAUUCAAAUAUGGAAACUAGAGGAAGGUAAUCAGAAUAUGACAGCUGCAUGACAGGAUUCAUAAGAGUUCUUAUGACUGGUAGGUGAUCAGUGCUCAUCUCAUAAGGUAACAUUAGCAGUGACAUUCUGUAAGGUUAUUACAAAUUCUAUUAGUUGGAUCACAUCUUCCUUCAAGUUUAAGAUAUUCUGAUUUUACUUAAUCUUCACAAUAUAAUGUGUCCAAACUGCAAAAAGAUCUCUGCUGGAGUCAUGUGAAUCAUAGUUGUUUUUUCAUGAUUUUUUUUCUGAGGAAUUGUACUCUCCUUUUAUGUAGUUAUUUCACACAAUAUAGAAAGGUUUGAGAAGUAAAACCAACUGAUAUGUACAUCUUGGGAUCAUCUUAAUACAAAAAAUAUAAACUUGAAAUAUAUAAAA